CUGGAAUCUGGACUCUACUGCCCGAUGAGGCUUGAACGAAGAGCAGUUCGUUGCAGUUCGUGGAAAAGAUUCGUGAUAUUUUUGUCUCUGAUCUCAUUACGCCAUUGCGCACCCCAGUUGCGCAUACUCCCCACAGUAUAUAAGUUCGUGUGGGGGUGGGCAAGAUGUUACCCUGUGUCUGGGGACUCUGGACGUUACCAUGUCUGUAUCCGAAAAAUACUCGGUGGUUGAGAAGGACAAGGUUUCCGCAGAGGAUCACAGAAUUUUGCGCAAGGUUGACCGUAGACUUCUGCCUGUUUUCACUUUGCUUUACCUCCUUAGCUUCCUGGAUAGGUUUGAUCUCGGCGCAAUAUACUUUGUUGGCUACGUUAUUUUCGAAGUUCCUGCCAAUAGAUGCAAUCCACAAGUUUGGCUGCCGUCAUUGACUCUCGCCUGGGGUAUAGUCUCUAUUGGCCAAGGCCUUGUCAAAAACCAAGCCGGGUUGUUUGGAAUCAGAUUCUUACUUGGUGCCACGGAAGCUGGCCUGUUUCCAGGUGUAAUAUACGUCUUCUCAGUAUAUUACGUGAGACGUGAGCGGAGUUGGCGAGUUGCAAUCUUCUUCGGUGGUGCGGCAUUGGCGGGGGCAUUUGGAGGGAUAUUUGCAUAUUGCAUUGGAUUGAUGGACGGUGUGGGCGGAAGACGAGGUUGGCAAUGGAUCUUCAUUCUUGAGGGAAUCCUCACCGCGGGCGUUUCCCUCAUCGCAUAUUUCAUCGUUCCCACUUGGUCUCAUGAAGCCAAAUUUCUAUCCGAAGCAGAGAAAACGCGCCUGCUAGAUAGAUUGCGAGCAGACUCCGAUGCAGGAACUGAUCAAGCCUUCAAAUGGUCGUCUGUCCGAGAUGCUUUUAGCGAUCACUUGGUCUGGGCGUAUGCAUUCCUUUUCCAUGGGUUCUCUUUUGUGCUAUACUCUCUCAGCCUUUUCCUGCCUACUAUCAUCGCGGGACUUGGGUUUCAGACAUGGCAGGCACAACUGAUGACUGUCCCCCCAAAUGUGCUCGCAAGUUUUUCAAUAUGGAUCACGGUAUGGUUCUCAAGCAAGUGCAAUGUAAGAGCGCCCUUCAUUAUAGGAGCUGCAAUUGUAUCCAUCAUUGGUGAGGUUGUUCCUGGCCUUCAAUACUUCGGAGUACACCUCGCAGCGGGUGAUUGGCCUGGGGAGAACGUUUCUGGUCAGGCUAAACGUGCAGUUGCGGUGGCCCUUCAAAUCAGCGUAGGAGACAUCGGAGCCAUUGCAGGCUGUCUAAUCUACAGACCUACGCUAAGCGGCCACCUGUACCGCAAACCCAAUCUCAUAGCCAUUGGUUAUCUCCUGUUCGCCAUUGCGAUGACCACAUAUUUAUGGGUCAUGAUGAGUUGGGAAAACAGGAGGCGAGAUCGUUUGUUGUCAAAGGGCGAAGCAAAGGAAGAAACCGAGGAAGACAGAAUCAGGCUGGGCGAUCGCUCUGUACGCUACAGGUAUCGAAUCUGAACAUAUUGCUCCGUGUC